AUGAAUACUGGUGGAAAUAAUUCAUUACCACCCCAAACUAGAGGUGAAGUUUUAUUCAGAGACCAACAAUUCUUUCAAAAGCAAAUUGAUUCAAAAAUUAUGCAAUUGUUAGAAAAUUAUCAUAAUAUUAUAAAGAUUUCAAAAGUGAAUGAUCCUUUAAAAAAUGCAAGUGAAAUUUAUGAAAUGGAAACAAGAACUUCUAAUAUGUUAAAUGCAGGUGAAGGAUUAUUAAAGAUUAUAGAGGAAUUAAAACAAAAUUUAAUUUUAAAUGAUUUUUCAACAAUGGCUGAAGAAGUUAGAAUUCAAAAUUUAGUUUUUCACAAAGAGAAUGAAAGAACCAACAAAUCAAUUAAAUUAAUAUCUGAAGAGUUAUCAAGAUCGUUAAAAGAAUUAGAAGAUGAAUAUUAUAAUUCAAGUUAUAAACUACCCCCUCCUUCAUCUUCUAAAUAA